CAAAUAUCCAACUUGUUCGCAUUUUAUUUUACACAUCUAAAAAUCAAAAUGAAUCUGUGGGCGUUAUGGAUACCAGACCUUUGAGAAUUCAUAAUUUUGCCAUUUUCGAAAAUGGAUUAUUUGUUAGUUUGUUUCGUCAGGAUAACUAAAGUUAAUUACCACCGUUAUGCUGUGUGUUAAUGUAACGGUUGUGUGAAUAUGGCGACUGGACAGUGGGUUAUUUUGCUGAUAUACGGGAGAUAUUUACUUUUAACAGAGGCUGUAUGUACGUACCCGACAGACCUUAGAGGGGAAUGGUUUUCUUCAUCCAAUGGAAUACUUACGUUCCAGGCCUCAGUCAUUGACGGAUUCACCAGCAGUGCAACGCUGAUAGGGACACAAAAUUACACGUGUGAAUUCGACGGCACGGACAGCAGAUACAUAAGCAAGGCCACUGUCCAGUUUUUUACCACUGUUUCCGGAGAGGUCUAUAUCUGUAUGAACAUGAUUAGAGCGUCAGACUACAAGUAUAUUGUCCAGUAUGAGUCAGAAAUUGACUCCACCACAAAUCAACGCGAAGUAGUUAUUUUCUCGGGGACUGGUAAAGUAGCGACGGAAAACACCAUCUGCAACAUAGCAAGUACCUACCCAAUCGGAACACACGAAGUCUUCGUUCAAACAGACUCGGUGGAGGUGGCCGCCAGUGUGUGUCCUACCGUCCUACAUAGCACAUUUGACGUAUCUGUGUCCGACCAGUCGUGUACCGGAUCGAAAGUAGAUGGAAGAACGGACACCAGUCGUCUGUCAUUUGCAUAUUCCGACUGUGCACAGGAAAGACUGUUUUCAACUAACGGUCAGUAUAUCUGCAUGCACAGUCUAACCGAGGGAUCUUACACUUAUCUAAAUGUACUCAACAAUGACUCCUCGAUAAAUGAACCUACAACAUACCGAUUCUCUUGUUUUGUUUUGGAGGCACAAGGAAGAAUUGUUUAUCUUACACAAUACCCGGAAAUAUGCCAGAUUGGACAGACGCCGUACAAUGUGUCUUCGUCAGGAAGGAUCCUGUUGUUUGUUGAUAACGACCCAGCCACGGAUAUGGGUGGUCAGAUCGCUGUUGGGGUCAUUGUAGCCCUUGUGGUCAUCCUUGUGAUUGUUUUCGGAGUGCUGUCAUUCCUUAGGUGGUACAUGUACGCAAGUAAGAAGCGAGUCAACCCUGUGCAAGACGCAGAGGCAAUGCAAGACACAGCAAGAUAUUAUUGGAAUUUACUUAAAAAGAGGUUUGCUGAAAAGGCAGAACCUUUUGAAGAUAUUCCUAAGAUCCUCAAGAUCAGGAAGAAAAGACUUCAACGAAAAGCUUUGUUGUCAAGAAAAGAAUCAUUUAUCGUGGAGUUAGAAGUUCAUGAAGAGAUAAACGAAGAACAAGAAUUUUGUGAUAUUGAACUGUCUGUUCCUAAAUCUGCUAUACGACGGCUACCAUCAAUGGAUCGUAAGAAAUUCGUACAGUGGACUGAUCAUAGAAACACAGCUCCGACGGACUUUCGGGCGAAGCCGAUCUGGCAGAAAGACUGGGAAUCAUAUCGGGAUCCGUUUAAUAUGCAAAGUGUAAACCGAUGUAGUACUCCAAGCACUAGUGCAUUUAGUGUAAGGACAGUAGGUUCUGUAAUAGACUCUGGGGAAUUAUCAUGGUAUGAACCGGAGAAAGUGGAAAAAGGAGUGCUUAAUACAAUGUGGCGAAGAAUGUUUAAGAUGUUGCCAAUGUUGGCGAGAAGAAAGGACCCUGAUUACUUCGGAAGUUGAUAAAAAUAGCCUUAAUCAGUAUCAAAAUAAUUUCAUGGAAAUAAAUAUUCCUGAUAAAGACAAACUUAGAGACAAAAAUAGUGCAUUUCCAUUCAUUAAAAAUCUUGGCAUAGUUGUUUUUCAUUCUAACAGUUAUUUGCAGAAAAUGUUGUAAUGUGAUAUAAUGAAACUUUUUUCAACUUUUAAUGUGAUUAUAGUUUUUUUUUCAUUAACGUUACUUCAAUCGUGUGCGUUUACCAAAUUAGUUAAUUUCAUAGCAUCAAUGACAUACGGAUCUACUGCAUGGUGUGACGUAUUUUUUUGUAACAAACAGGACCUGUUCGGUGUUCAAUACGCCAGCCUACUUUAUUCUUUAUUCUAAAGGAGCAUAAUUUGAAUGUGAAUUAAACACACAGAACGCAACAUAACAAACGAGGAAACGGCAGAUGACAAACCGACAAUUUAUGAAAGAUUUGAUGCACUUUUACGCCAUGCAUUGUCGUAAUAAAGAUAAAUAUAUUAUGCCUUCUUGAAGUUUAGAACAGUUAAUUUAAAGCAGUAAGACGGACCUGUGAUUGCAUUAUAAUAAUUUAUC